CAGUCUACUUGUUGAUAGCUAAUGUCGAAAUCCGAGUUUACUGCGAUCGAAAGGUCUAUGUUUGCAUUGUUUUCUGGGAGUUUAAUGGCCUCGUGGGUUCUUUGAACGACCAUUUUUCAGCUACUAUGAAAGCUAUGCUCCUCUAAAGCCUAGUAUUUGACGGUUUGUCUACCUAUUCCCAAGUCUGUGGAAAUGCCCUGAAGAUUUGUUGAACGACCUCGGCAAAAAUUCAGUCAUAAAUUUUGAUCGUCUUGCACGCGUCUUGUCCUGGUCUCCGCGAAAUGUCAUACUACAAAAACUGGCAACGAGAGAGAGCUUUUUUCGGGGAUCCCAAAUUCAGAUUCAAGAAAGACCUUUGGUUGAGCCCGAACCGCUUUAAAGACUACAAUUACAAGAACGAAGAGUAUUCCUGGGAAGUUUUAAAGCUUCCAGGAUCUGGCAUUGUGGACUCCAAAACGGCAGACGCACGAUCUUGGAGAAUGCCUAGCAUACCUCUUCCUAGCCCGAAUUAUUCGACGGGGCGCCAUACGCCUUACUAUACACACCCCGAUAUUCGGAUAUACGAGCUAAAUAGACGCUUACAGCAGAGGACAGAGGAAAGUGAUAACUUAUGGUGGGAUAGCUUUGUAACAGAAUUUUUUGAAGAAGAUGCGACUUUAACACUUAACUUUUGUCAAGAAGAUGGACCUAAAAGAUACACUAUUGGAAGAACAUUAAUUCCACGUUAUUUCAGAAGCAUAUUCGAGGGCGGUGUUACAGAAUUGUAUUACCAUCUUUUACAACCUAAAGAAUCAUAUCAUAAUACUACAAUAACAUUAGACUGUGAGAAUACUACAAUGGUGACCAGUCAUAUAAAGCCGUUUUAUACUAAGGUUUGUACAGAAGGAAGAUUAAUUUUAGAGUUUACUUUCGAUGAUAUUAUGAGAAUACGUAACUGGCAUUUCACGGUACAACAACACCGAGAAAUGGUCCCUCGUAACUUAGUAGUAAUGCAAGAACCUGGGAUGAUAGAGCAGGUUGCCAAGAAUGUAACAAGAAAUGGAAUGACAAACUUUACUCUAAACUACUUACGGCUAUGCGUAAUCUUAGAACCAAUGCAAGAGCUCAUGUCCAGACACAAGACAUACAACAUGAGUCCCAGAGACUGCCUUAAAUCAACACUCUUUCAAAGAUGGCAAAGAAUGUGUGCACCACCAGAAUAUCAAGCAGAGAUGAUGUGGCCACCCACAGCUACUACACCAGGUACACCCACCAAAGAAACAAGUCGUCCUACCAGAACAAGAAGAAAACGAAAAUCUUCGUCCACACCCAACGCAUCUACACCAACAUCAUCUGGAAACAGCACAUCGAAGAAAAAAUCUCCUACUGCAGCCAACUUUACUCUGGCAAGUCAAGAUGUUAUGGUUGUUGGGGAGCCAUCACUUAUGGGAGGGGAAUUUGGUGAUGAGGAUGAGAGACUCAUUACACGCCUUGAGAAUGUCCAGUUUGAUGCAUCAGCCAAUGGGUUACGUGAAGACAGGGAAUGCAACAGUAGUCCCAUGAGGGGAAGCCCUCGAACAAGAAUCUGGCCAGCUGACACAAAGAAACCAAAAUCAGAAAAUAGCUCAACUGAAUGAGUGUUCCAUUCUAUGCUGACAAGUUCUCUGCUGAGAUAUAUUUUAUUCUACGACUGGCUGUGGUUCUAAGUUAUUUCAUUGUUAGUAAAAAGGUUCCUGAAAAAAAGGCAGGGAUAAAAAAAUCACAGUGACUUUGUGUACUUAAAAAUGCUCAGACAUGAAAAUGAAGAGGUUUACUUAAUGACUUGAACUUCUAUGGCAUCAUGAACUGUCUCUGUUCUUGACAUGCACAUAAACAAGUUGAAAUCAUGUACUCAAGAUUAAGACAAAAGAAACAAGAAGAACAAAUAGUUCCCUGACAAACUGCAAAGAAAGUGAUAUUAACUAGAUGUGAUGAUGCUGAAAGCAGAAGUCAAUGAUGCAUAGAUGAUAUCGCUGAAGUAAAUAUUACACCAUCAGAAUGUAGAUUAACUUUAACUGUAAUAUUAAUGUAAGUUACUUGUAUAAAGUUAAAUUUUUAGCUGGAAGUUGUUCACAUUGUCCACAACAAAAAUAUCUAAUGAUUUAUUAAUGUGUUAAUAAGCUUAACACAUUUUGGAAUAUUCUUUUGCUUUGACCUCCAGACUUGGAUCUUUGCAAAGGGUCUGUAGCUUUUAAUCUAACUUUAUAUUUUCUCAGAAAUUCUUAGAACAAAUCAUAAUCUUUACAGCAAUUUUCAGUGACACAGAGAACAACCUAGAAACAGCAUUUCUAUUUUACACACUGAAAAAAAAACAACUCUAACCAUUGAAAUUUUGAUUGACAGCUGCAGCCAAAACUCUGAUGUCGAUGUCUCAUAUUAUUAAAGUUUGUUGUCUGGGUCACUUAUUAUGAAACUGGUAAAUUAAGAACUUUAUAAAAUUGGUCACUUUUUCAGAGUCAAAUGGGUUGAAAAACCAAAUUCAAACCCAAUCUGAUUCAGGUAACCAAUAAUUUAGCUAUUCAUUUUGACAGAGUUCUUAACUUAUUUGUUUAAAAACUAUAAGAGGCACCAUUAUUUUUCAAUUUUAAUACAUUUGUUUUUGGCAAAUGGCAAACGUUAGUCACUGAGAAUGCUAUAACCUUGCUAUUUUACAUUUCUUUCCUCAGUUUUCUAGCUAAUGAUUUCAGUGAAGUUUGAAAUUCUUGGGCAAUAUGCAUUAAAGAUUCUGAUGAGUAUUCUGCUUCAUUAGAUGGCAGAUACAUAUUAUAAGUGGCUUGCAUUCCUUAUUAUCAAAAUAAAAAGACAUGGCCUCAAUAUUUGUUGAUAUGACAAAAGGAACAAAGACCAAAUCUUUUGUUAAAGUCAACAAACGUGACGGCUAACAACGAGUCACAGGAAUGCACACCAACAAUAAUUUCCAAGUAUUUAUUUGGUGUGUGUUUCAAUGACUGGUAAUAAAUUGACUUCUUUAAUGAUAUGGCAGCCAUCUUGGAUCGCAAGGCAUUAUUGGGCAUCCAGGGGGCAAAUAAAGCUGUUACAUUAAUGACCUUGAUUGAUAUUAACAGCUCACCACAAGAGAAUACGACAAAAGAAGAAUUAAGAUGGCACAUGGAUCACCUUUAGCCAUAAAAGAAAGACAAACAUGCAAAACUCUAUAAUAAUGUUCAGUCAUCUUUGUCCCCCRACCCCCAGCAAGAUGGCGGCUGUAUCAUCGAAGCAGUCCAUUAUACUGACUAACAGUAUUUAAACAGUGAAGCAAACUUUUUUAGUGCAUAUUGUCUAUUAAGAAAUCACUUCUAGUGUUAUGUUCAUACUUACUUUGCCAUACAAAAAAUUAUUUUCAACUGACAGGUUUUCUUAACUAAAUAGUGAUUUUAUUUGCCCCUUAAACAAAGUUGUAUUAUUAGUGACUAAAAGUCAAAGUAAAACAAUAGAAAACAACGGAAUUAGAGUUUCCUACUAUGUUACUAUACCAACAGUUACUUUUUUUUUUUCAA